AUGGCUAUCGACAUUGAGACACCAUCUGCUCCCGCGCAGUCCCUCUCAAGCUCAUUGGAAACCCUCACAACCAGCCUUUCAAGCGCACUUUCCUCUCUCCCAACCUCCGAGCCACACGGUGAUGUCCCGGUAAAUAAUGCGUCUAUAUUGCCCCCGCCCGAUGGCAUCUCACUUCUUGACACAAAGAACGAAAUAUUCCUUUCCUAUCUGCAAAAUCUAGUUUUUGUGGUGGUUCUACAACUGAGGAAUCUGUCCAAGAGUAGAUCGUCAGACAAAACGAAUGGCACAGGACAAGGGAGUGGCGAGGAUGCAUCCCUGCAUAAAAAUGCUGUGAAAAAAUUGACAGAGCUACGGCUAUUCUUAGAGCGUGGUGUGCGACCAUUGGAAGGCCGCCUAAAAUACCAGGUUGAUAAGGUGCUAAAGGCAGCAGAAGACGCAGAGAGAAAUCAACAAGACGCCGCAUCGAAGCCAAAGAAAUCCCGGAAGGGAACAACGGAACUGGGGGAAGGAAGUGAUGGUGGAAGCCGAAGCGAAAGCGAAACUGGAUCAGGAAGUGACUCUGACGGUUCUGAGGACAGCGAGGACGAAGACGAAGAUGUUAAUGAGUUGGGAUACCGACCUAACUUGGCCGCUUUUUCGCGUGGAACUCAAGAUCAGGAAAAGUCCAAAGCACCGAGUAGGAAAGACACUGGCGAUGGUAUCUAUCGGCCGCCAAAGAUAAAACCCACAGCGCUCCUCACUACGACACCGGAUAGCCGCGAGGAGAAACGUGGCCGCCGCACCGCCAAAUCCGCCGUCAUUGACGAAUUCGUCUCUGCUGAGAUGUCCAGCGCACCCACUGCAGAGCCUAGCAUUGGCACAACGAUCCGGGCUGGAGGAAGAACAAUGCGGUCCGAGCGGGAGAGAGCACAGGAACUUGAGCGACGAACGUAUGAAGAAGGCAACUUCGUGCGGUUGCCGAAGGAGAGUAAGAAGGAACGGGCGAAGCGUGGAGGGAACCGUCCUGGGGGCUAUGGCGGCGAAGAUUGGCGAAGCCUGGGUGAGGGGGCCGAUAGGAUCGAACGACUCACGCGGCGUGGUAGAGAGGGUGGCAGAAGCACUGUCCUGGAGAAGAGCCGGAAAAGACGGGCUACGGAGGAUGGGCCGCGGGGCGAUGGAAUCAAUAUAGGCGAGAAUUUCGAGAAGCGCCGCAAAAAGAUAGCGACAUGGAAGCGGUAA